UGGCCAAAAUUAUUUAUGUUGAUCGUAGUUGGUGUUGGUUGGGCCGGAGUUGCCCGCCAGUUGUCCGUUGGUUGAGUUAUCACCUGUCACACGACUGAUUGCAGUGUUCGCUCCAGAUCGCGACUUCUUAUAGCGGGUUACCGGACUUCACCAUGCUGUACUGCCCGCCCAACGUGACCCUCAGCGACGUGUGGACGCAGCAUGGCAUCUCGCACUGCUUCAUGGACACCGUGGGACCGGGGGUAUACUGUGGAUUCCUUCUGCUCUUCGGCUGCAUUCAGUUGCUCAUGUAUCGGAGGUAUGCCACCAGGAUUACGGAUCCCACGCAAAUCUCCAAGUCACGACUGUUCGCGAUGCAGCUCUUCCUGUUGCUCCUGCUCCCAGUUUUGGCUGUUUUGCGCUUUCUGAUGAACGCACGUAUUUAUCCAGAUAGUGCGGUGUACGGCUAUAUGAUAUUCUCCACUUGCGUUGUGUGCUUCUCCUACCCGUUCAGCAUAUGUUUGAUACUCAAGGAGCGCUACUACCAGCUGCCCUCGAUGCCCACCCGAGGACAUGGCCUUGUUCUGUUGCUCUUCUGGACGUUGGCUUUCAUUAACGAGUCGCUGGCCUUCAUAAAUCUGCGCCACGAGGACUGGUGGUUCCACCUAAAAUCGAACAAGGAUCAAAUUGAGAUGGGCUUGUUUGUCACCCGGUUCUUGUGCUCCCUGCUCAUUUUCGUUUUGGGUCUAAAAGCUCCUGGCAUCAUGGCUCCGUACAAUCCUCAUCAGCGGCUGGACAAUGAUACCGCCAACGAAUCGCAGGGAAACGUGCAGACAGGAUCUGCUUUCAGGAACGGAUGGCGCAAGCUACGCACCGUCUUUCCGUACCUUUGGCCGAAAAAGAAUAUUGCGCUGCAGAUAGCCGUCAUCGUUUGCAUUAUACUGCUGCUUGCCGGUCGAGUCAUAAAGCUGUUUUUGCCGAUUUAUCGCAAGAAGUUGGUUGACAGCCUUACCAUUGCGCCGAUCGUCUUUCGCUGGGACUUUGUGCUGGUCUAUGUGGCAUUGUCCUUCCUCCAGGGUGGCGGCACUGGGAGCAUGGGAUUGUUUAAUAACCUUCGCACCUUCCUCUGGAUACGAGUUCAACAGUACACGACACGGGAGAUCGAGAUUGAGCUGUUCCGGCAUCUGCACCAGCUUUCGCUGAGAUGGCACUUGCAACGCAAAACGGGAGAGGUGUUGCGUGUCAUGGAUCGCGGCACGGACUCGAUCAACAACCUCCUCAACUAUAUUGUCUUCUCGAUCGCACCAACCAUUCUGGAUCUGCUCGUUGCAGUGGCAUACUUUGUUUACGCCUUCAAUUGGUGGUUUGGCCUAAUCGUCUUCCUCACCAUGUUCCUGUAUAUAGCCUCUACCAUUGCAAUCACUGAAUGGCGAACCAAGUACCAGAGGAGAAUGAACCUGGCGGACAAUGAGCAGCGUGCUCGCAGCGUGGACUCCCUUCUCAACUUCGAAACAGUCAAGUACUACGGAGCGGAGCACUACGAGGUGGAUUGCUAUAGGGAGGCCAUUCUGAAGUACCAAAAGGAAGAGUUCCUCUCAAUGCUGACCCUCAACCUGCUGAACACAGCCCAGAAUAUUAUCCUGUGCUUGGGCCUACUGGCCGGAUCGCUGCUCUGUGUUUACUUGGUGGUUCACCAUCAAACUCUCACCGUGGGCGAUUUUGUGCUCUUCUCCACCUAUCUGAUGGAAUUGUACAUGCCGCUGAAUUGGUUCGGCACCUAUUACCGAGCCAUACAGAAGAACUUCGUGGACAUGGAGAACAUGUUCGAUCUGCUAAAAGAGGAGGAAGAGAUUGUGGAUGCUCCAGGCUGUUCGCCCCUUCUAACUGCCGGCGGUGGCAUUGAGUUCUCAAACGUGACCUUUGGCUAUUCUCCGGAGAAGAUAGUGCUGCGCAAUGUGAGCUUCACAGUUCCCGCCGGUAAGACAGUAGCAAUUGUUGGACCCUCUGGAGCCGGCAAGAGCACAAUCAUGCGGCUGCUCUUCCGCUUCUACGAUGUACAGACCGGUGCUAUCCUGAUUGACGGACAAAACAUCAAGCUUGUGCAGCAGCAGAGUCUGCGAAAGGCCAUUGGAGUGGUGCCCCAGGAUACGGUUCUCUUUAACAACACCAUCUUCUACAACAUUGAAUAUGCCAAGCUGGGCGCUUCGGACGAAGCUGUCUAUGAGGCUGCUCGUGCCGCUGAUAUUCACGAAAGGAUACUCGGCUUUCCGGAAAAAUAUGAGACAAAGGUGGGCGAACGAGGUCUGCGGCUCAGUGGAGGUGAAAAGCAGAGAGUAGCCAUCGCCAGAACGCUUCUUAAGGCGCCCAUCAUUGUGCUCCUAGAUGAAGCCACCUCAGCUUUGGACACCCACACAGAACGUAAUAUUCAGGCUGCUUUGGCCAGGGUGUGCGCAAACCGUACCACCAUUAUUGUUGCCCACCGGCUGUCCACCAUCAUCCAUGCGGACGAGAUUCUGGUCCUGCAGGAGGGAAGCAUAGCGGAGCGUGGCCGACACGAAGAGCUUGUGCUGCGCGAAGAUGGCAUCUACGCGGACAUGUGGCAACAGCAACUCAAGAAUCUAGAUGCGGAACAGAGCGGUGGUUCUGACAACGGAGACGCUAGUGCGGAAUCGGGAUCGGAGAAACGCAGGUCAGGAGGAGCAGGAGGACCAAGUGGUGCUGGAACGGGUGGUGCCCACUUCAGGGCAGGACAUGCUCAUGGGGGAGCACGCUAGCCUUAAGUGACAUACAGAGUAGUUUCUGAUAUUCCUGAUUCCAUGUGAUUUGUGGUGUAUUGUUAUACGUAUGAGAGCAGUUCGUCAAAGUCUUAGUUCGUCGAUAAGUAACCUUAUACGCUACUCUUAUACUAAUAAAUAACGUAGAUUUUUAUAGACAAUCCGCGAGAUUUGAUAUAAUUUAAAAGUGUCUGGUACCAAAUAAAUAGCGCAAUAUUGUGUAUUUCUA